AUGGAAUCAAAGUUAUAUCUAGAAGUUUUGAAAAACCUUGAACAUCUUUUCGAAACAAAAGAAAAUUAUGAUGUUAUCAUAUACGCCGGUGAAGAACAGAAUCAAAAGUCAAAUUAUUUUCGUACCGCAUUUUCUAAUAAUUGGGCGGAGAUAGAAAAUGGUAAAUAUAUCUUUAAGAAGUCUAAUAUUUUGCCACAUACCUUUGAAACUAUUCUCAGGUAUUUAUAUUGUGGCCAAAUUGAUUUAAGCAGCAAUAAUGGAUCAGAUGUAUUUAGCUUAUUAAUUGCUACAGAUGAACUUGGAUUACAAACGCUUAGUGAACACGUUCAAGAAUAUUUAAUUAAUAAUCAAAAAAUUUUUUUAAAUGAUGAUCCCGUUGGAAUCCUUGAAAUUACUUCUCAGCAUGAAUCUUUUGUUACGCUGAAGAACGAUUGUUUGGAAAAAAUUUGUCAACAUCCGGAUAUUUUAUUCAGUGGCGACAAUGUUUUGAAAUUAUCAACGGAAUUGUUGGAGUUAUUACUUCAACGAGAUGAUCUUAUGAUUAAUGAAAUCGAAUUAUGGAAUAGCUUGAUCAGAUGGACUCAUGCACAAAAUCCUACUGUCAAUAGAGAUCCUUUUGAAUGGACAAAUGAAGAAUGUGCUUUAAUGGGAAGAACAAUAUCAAGAUUCAUUCCAUUGAUUAGGUUUCAUGAUAUUGGCUCAAAAGAAUUUUUUGAUAGGAUAAUACCCUAUGAAGAUUUGUUAUCAAAAAAACUAAGACAUGAAAUCUUACAGUAUCACUUGUUUUCUCAUACAAAACAAAUAGGAUCUUUACCUUCACGUAAAUUUAAUACAAAAUUUAUCAAUAGAAAGCAUUUUGCAUUAUUUUCAAGUUGGAUAGACAAAAAAGUUGUGACUAUAGAACCAAUUUCAUAUAAAUUCAAUCUUAUUUUACGUGGGAGUCGAGAUGGAUUUAAUGCUUCUACAUUUCACGCAAAAUGUGAUAAUGAAGGAGCGACAAUUAUUGUUGCAAAAAUUAAAAAUACAAAUCAAAUAGUUGGAGGAUAUAAUCCAUUAGAUUGGGUAGGAAAUAAAUCUUAUAAUAUCACAGAUAGUUUUAUAUUUUUAUUUGACGAUUAUAAAAAUAUUGAUACCGGUAAGUUAGGCAAAGUAACAAAUUCAAAGUAUUCUAUUCAAUGUAAUAGUUCUUGGGGACCACUUUUUGGGUAUUUCUCUAAUGGUAGUAAUGAUUUAUCAAUGGAUGAAGAAGGUAAAUGGAGUUCUGUGCCAAAUUCUUAUUUUAAUAUUAAUAUUCCAAGAAAUUUUGAAAUUGAUGAAUAUGAAGUAUUUCAAGUAGUUAAAAAUAAUUAA